AUGGCAUUCACAAUCGUUGCAACGAAACUUACUAUGACAAAGUUAUCAUCAAUGUUAAGGUACGCAACUCUCUAUCUUCUUCCCACUCCCAAUUCGUAUCUUCUUCGUCGAUUACACAUUCAGCCACUUCCUUCGUUCAUUAAUAAUGUUGAUGAUGCCGUUUCCUCAUUCAAUCGCAUUCUCCAUAUCAGUUCCACACCCGUCUUUGAAUUCGGUAAAAUUCUAUCUUCACUUGUUAAGUUGAAUCAGUUCAACACCGCUGUUUCAUUUUCUCAUCAAAUGGAACUCAAAGGAAUUCAACCUGACAUUGUUACAUUAAGCAUUUUGAUUAAUUCUUUCUGCCACUUGAAUCAACUCAAUUACGCUUUUUCUAUAUUGGGUAAGAUUCUUAAGCUAGGUUAUCAGCCAAAUACUGUAACUUUAACUACACUUAUCAACGGUCUUUGUCUUAAUGGUCAAAUUAGGAAAGCACUUUACUUUCAUGAUCAUGUUAUAGCAAAAGGAUUUCAUCUUAAUCAUGUUAGUUAUGGGAUCUUGAUCAACGGGUUAUGUAAAUCCGGAGAAACAAAAGCUGCCCUACAGUUGCUUGAAAAGAUUAAAGGGUUUUUGGUUAAGCCUGAUGUCGUUAUGUACAACACAAUCAUUGACAGUCUCUGUAAAGAUAAGCUUGUUAGUGAUGGGUAUGAUUUAUAUUCUGAAAUGAUUGUUAACAAAAUUCAUCCUAAUGUCAUCACUUACAAUACUCUAAUAUAUGGUUUUUCCAUUUUGGGUCAAAUGAAAGAAGCAGUUGGUUUGUUAAAUCAAAUGUCGAUGAAAAACAUCAGUCCGGAUGUUCUUACUUUCACUACAUUGGUCGAUGGUUUAUGUAAGGAAGGAGAGGUGAAAAAAGCUAGAAAUGUGUUGGCUGUUAUGAUAAAACAACGUGUGGAACCUGAUAUUGUUACUUAUAGUUCUUUAAUGGAUGGUUAUUUCUUGGUUAAAGAAGUCAACAAGGCCAAACAUCUAUUCAACACCCUUUCUCUAAGGGGAGUGACUCCUAAUGUUUUUAGCUACAAUAUCAUGAUUAACGGAUUAUGUAAGAAUAAAAUGGUGGAUGAAGCCGUAAAUCUUUUCAAAGAAAUGCAUUCGAAAGAUAUGAUUCCUAACACUGUAACAUACAAUUCCCUUAUUGAUGGACUUUGCAAAUUAGGGAGAGUAUCUGAUGUUUGGGAUUUUAUAGAUGAGAUGCAUGAUAGAGGUCAACCAACCGACAUAAUCACUUACAAUUCUUUAUUUGAUGGAUUGUGCAAAAACCAUCAGGUUGACAGGGCAAUUGCAUUAUUAAAAAAGAUCAAAGACCAGGGAAUUCAGCCAAGUAUGUAUUCAUACACUAUACUUAUUGAUGGACUAUGCAAAAACGGAAGACUUGAGGAUGCACAAGAAGUUUAUCGGGAUCUUACGAUUAAAGGCUAUCAUUUAGAUGCUAAGAUGUAUACUGUGAUGAUUAAUGGGCUUUGUAAAGAAGGGUUUUUCGAUGAAGCAUUGUCCUUACUCUCAAAAAUGAAAGACAACGGUUGCACUCCUGAUGGUGUAACUUAUGAAAUUAUUAUUCGUGCUUUGUUUGAAAGCGACAGAAAUGAUAAGGCGGUGAAACUUAUUCGUGAAAUGAUUGCUAGAGGUCUACUCUAA